UUUUUCCCAGGGAGCUGUUUUAGAAAAGGAUGUGAACAAAUGGGGAAUGAUGAUCACUGCUACUGUGAAGAUAUGAGCAAUCCUUACAGAUUCAGAUUCCGCCCCGAAUUCAAGAAUUCGUGGUACAUGCUUGCAGCAUUCUCAAUUCACCCACGGCUUCCUAAUAACCCCUUUAAUUUCAGCGAAAAAUUUGAUGUUUCAAAUCCACCAGCUGAACUGAGAAAUGAUGCAUUUUUGGCCUCCACCAACGGAAAACUCCACUUGCAAGCAGAACCGGUCAUUAUGUUCAUGGGAGUGCUGUACGCUUUGAUCAUGUCCAUGGAAAUGCGAAUCAAAGAUAUAAUUUAGUCCAACGUGCGAAUGAUUAGCUAUUUCAUCAGAAGUGUUGUAAUAUAGCUCUAAAAAUGUUGUUGAGCUAAAUUCCAAUAAUGAUAUUUGAUUAUUUUGCUAACUCUAAAAAAAAAACUUUUGUGAUAGAUAAACUAGGUUUAAUAAAUACGUAUCGUUGUGCAGACAUCAAUGAUGAAUUAUCUGAUAGUUUAAAAGUCAUUUUGGGGUUAAUUUAUUUUACUUAAUCUUCUUCAACAACAAGAAUCCUGUAGUAAUGUACUGAAAAUAUGGUUUACUAAUAGAAUAUAGCAACAAAUUGAAAGAGGAGUUAUUGCCGUCAGUCAGAGGUGUAGGAUAGAGGAAGUUAAGGGUAGAGUAAGGUUUUGACAUGUAUUUUUAUUUCCAUCUAAGUGCGUUUUAAACUAAAAUUGAUUAACCGACGAAAACAUCUUUUGUCGGUCCUAACUAUAGUUGUUUUUUGGGUUUUCAAAAAUAUGUUUUUGUUUUAUUUUUAUCUUCUAAAUGCCUUCUCAAUACAUAAAAACAUACGGCCCACCAAUUGUUCCACACAUUUUCUCGUAAAUAAAUGAACUUACACACAGACGUGUUUCACAUCGCUGGUGUAGGAUCUUUUUUUUUUGUAAAGGGAUAAAACAACAUUAAAAUAAGUAUUACAUAAUGAUCAGGUAACUUUCAAAAUAGAUUGUUCAAUAUACAAAUACACAUUAACAAUAAUGUAAACAAACACUGGACAAUAAAGGCAAUUGCAAAAAAAUGUUUUUUUAUUGAGUAUUUUGUUGUAAUAAUGUAGCGUAUUUUAAUUACUCUGCUUAGA